AUGGCGAAGGAUAAGGGCCGGGUGGAGAAGGGGAAGCGCAAGCAAGGACGAGAGUCGAAGAAACAACAUUCGCAGCCCACCCGACGGUUCAGGUUCAAGAGCUUCACGCGGCAGGUGGAGGAGGCGCAGGUAGAUGUCUUCCGCUCGCUCGCGCCGGCGCAGCAGCAGCCCUCCGCCGGCUGCUCCUCCUUCUUCCAACAGACGCUGCUGCACUGGCGGGAGCUGAGUGCAGCGGUGGAUUUCAACGAGGUGCACAGCGAGGUGGCGCCGCUGGUGGCGUCGCUGCCGCAGCUCGUCUUCCACCGCCACCGCAUCGUGCACGCGCUACUACAACGCCUCCCCAUGCGCGCCCUCCUCUCCCUCCCACCCCUCCUCAGGUGCCCACUCCUCUCCCCCUCUCCCCCCCUUCGCCCCCCACGCAUUUCAGUACACCAUCCUGCUAUCCACGCUCGCGCGGGACCUGCAGCACGACUUCCUGCCGUGAGUGCUGCCACGGCCGUGCAGUCAGGGGGCGUGCUGGGAGGGGAGGGGAUGGCAUGA